AUGGUUACUGCAUUCCCCAUUGAACCGAUGCAUACAAUGUAUGCAUGUUGUUUUGGCAGAUUACUAAAGGGAAUAGUAUCAGUUCAAAAGGAGGGUAAAAUAAGCAAAAAUCUUUUGUCUUUAAUAGAUUCGAGACUGCGACUUUUCAAAAAGUGCAAGCCAUUUGAGUUUGACAGAUACCUUCGAUCACUUAAAAAUUGCGUAAACAAGUAUAAGCAUCAUGAAUUAAGAGAUUUGUUGAUGUACUUUCUUUUUCCAGUAUUUAGUGGCAUUUUGAGUGAAAAACAAUUUAACAACUUAAUGUUGCUUCAAUAUGCGAUGCUCUUAAUGGGAGGUUUUAGCCCAAACCCGGUACCAAAAGAGGAUGCCUUGCGAGCAUCGUGUGUUUUGAAAUUUUUUGUUCAGCAACUUAUCGAUUUUGGCUAUCCAAUCAGGCCGACUACACACGCAGUUAUUCAUCUUCCGGAAGACGUUAUUCAUUUUGAUUGUGGAAUUGAAUCUUUGAGUGCUUUCCCUUACGAAAAUUUCUACAGAUUCUUUAGAAACAUUCUUUCUUCGGGAAAUAAACCUUUAGAGCAGAUAAGAAACAGAUUAGUAGAAAGAUCGAAGUAUCUUUUGCCCACUUCUUCGGAUGGGAUGAUCAUUAAUUCAUCACAACAGCUUUUGUUGGGAAAAGAGCAAGAAAUGAAUUCUAGUAACAAGGUCGUUUUAAGUUUCAAAAAUGGAAAAGGGCCCGAUAAGGAGAAAAAAAUCACGUUCCGCGAUUUCGUUUUAUCAAACAAAUUCCCUAACAAUGUUGCUCUAAUGAAAAACGGAAAUGUAGUCGUCUGUUCUGAUAUCAUCGAAAAUCCCCCCGAAAGUAAAGUGUUGCUCAUCAUUGGUUCCAAAUUUUCCUUAAAAGAAGAUGCGUUCCAUUAUCCUUAUCCCUCAUCUACCUAUGGAACUCAUAUUGUUUCUAAACUUGAAAAUAGAAUAGGUGAAUGGAAUUUAAAUUGCUUACAGGGGAAAAUGUACGCAUUGCCGCAUAAAUUAAGUGAUUAUAAUGAUUUGCCAGACAUUAGAACAAGCACUUGUAAGUGGUUUGUAACUCCUAUUCGUCACACACUGCCUAUGUAAAUUUUCUCCUGUCAAAUAAUACAUAAGUUCUACUGUUUCUUACAACUC